AUGGCAACAGUUGCAUAUCUACCUGCUGGUUUUUCAGACUCAGAGAAUGAGGCUUAUGACGAAUUUGAUGGAUAUUAUUUCGAGAAAACAAAUAAAACGAUAAAAAUAGUGCAAAAAAGUGAAUUCGAGGAAUUUCGUGACAACUUGUUGAGUCAUUUAAAGAGUAACAAUGUAUCGGAACUACGUAAAACAUUAGAUAAAGGCUUACGUACUGGAUUUGACAUUGAUUCGCCAAUUGAUGAUCAUUGGAACUUGCUGUAUUUUGCUUGUUCUUAUGGAUUUCCGGAUGUUGUGAAUUUCUUAACUGAAGAACGAGGUGUAAAUGCAGAUAUACGGAUUGAUGGUGAGACAGCUCUUAUGAUAGCCUGUUCCUCAACACAAAACUCAGAUGAAAUACUAAAAAUCAUCAAGAUCCUUCAUAAAAUGGAACCUAAACUCAUAAACUGUACAAAUUACAUUGGAGAGAAUGCCUUAAUGCUGGCAGCAAAAAGAGGUCAUUUGAGUGUAAUUGAAUACUUGAUAAAAGUUGGGGAAUCAUAUAACAUCAUCAACAACAGCGGUCGUAACGUGCUGUUUUAUGCGAUUGAAGGAAAUAACAUAGAUAUUGCAAAAAAGCUCUUUGAAUUGGAAAUUGAUUUGGAUAUCCGUGAUUGCUAUGGAACAACUGCAAAGAAAUAUGCUGAAGAAUGCAAUACGAAAGAAAUAUUGGAAUUAUUUCCUCUAGAAGAGUACAAGUAUGAGACACCAUCGUCAUAUUACAGUUAUAACACUUUUGAUGCAAUCGUUCCUAACACGCUUGGUGAAAAUCCUAUACCAUCAUACUUUCCAGAUAUUGUAGCGAUGCUUCGAGGAAUGGAUUUUGAGAGAUUUAUAACACAUUUUUCACAAGCAAAUAUAACAUUGGAACAAUUUUUAACUAUCGAUGAGAAGAAGCUUGAAGAAAUCGGAAUUCCAUUACCAUAUCAACGGAAAAUCAUCUUGCUUGGUCUGCAUAAGCUAUUCAAAGGAAAAUGGACCAAAAACUCAAUUUACAUACCCGACAAUAUUAGAUCUCAACUCUCACCCGUCGACCUCGUCUACUUAUUUGCCAAUAUCUUACGUCAGACGAUUGCAUUAAAAAGCCAACUGAUAUACAUAAGACGAUUGAGAACGGAUUAUGGAUUAAAUUAUCCUUUAGAGAAUCUAUCCAUUGAACAUUUGAGAAAUUUUCAAAAUCAAAUCAAGGAAUUGAAUCGUAAAAUGAAGACAAUGGAGGUGACAAAACGUCCUUUAUUGAUAGAAAAGCAAACUCAAUCAAUCGUAUCUAAUGUGCUUAAAGGAUAUGACACAAACGAAAUGUUACAGAUUGCACUGAAAGUUGGUUUACCGUUGACUAUCAUCUCAUUCAUCGCAAUUAAGUAUUUUCAUACCAAGUAA